AUGUCAGACAUGGAAUCACUGGGAGAGGCAGCAGGUUUGUUUGAGGAGCCAGAAGACUUUCUUCCUCCUCCACCAAAACCUCAUUUUGCGGAAUAUAAAAGGUCACAUAUCACUAAAGAGUCCAAAUCAGAUGUUAAAGACAUCAAACUUCGCCUUGUUGGGACGUCUCCACUUUGGGGCCAUCUCUUGUGGAAUGCAGGGAUAUAUACGGCAAAUCAUUUGGAUUCUCACCCAGAAUUAAUAAAGGGGAGAACUGUUUUGGAAUUGGGUGCCGCAGCGGCUUUACCCUCCGUCAUUUGCGCUUUAAAUGGGGCUCAAAUGGUAGUUUCAACUGAUUAUCCUGAUCCUGAUUUAAUGGAAAAUAUAGAUUACAAUAUAAAGUCUAACGUUCCUGAAGUGUUUAAUAACGUCAGUACAGAGGGAUAUAUUUGGGGGAAUGAUUAUUCUUCAUUGUUGGCUCAUAUCAAAAAAAUAGAUAGCAACAAUGGAAAGUUCGACUUAAUCAUUUUAAGUGAUUUAGUCUUCAACCAUACGGAGCAUCAUAAAUUACUUCAAACGACAAAGGAUUUAUUAGCUGACAAAGGUAAGGCGUUGGUAGUAUUUUCUCCACAUAGACCAAAAUUGUUGGAGAAGGAUUUGGAAUUCUUCCAAUUAGCUAAGGACGAGUUCCAUUUGGUUCCUCAACUAAUCGAAAUGGUCAAUUGGAAACCGAUGUUUGACGAAGAUGAAGAAACAAUCGAAAUCAGAUCUCGUGUUUAUGCAUACUAUUUAACACAUGAAGAUUAA